CAACGACAGAAACAAAUCUACUUCAAAAACAGAGAGUUGAGCACAUCCAAGAACAAACUUGGGGAUAUAGAGACAGAGAGAGAGAGAAAAAAAAAAAAAAAAAGUGCUUCAUGUUCUUGUGGAUGGGGUUAAUAGGAAGGAACAAGCAAACCCAUUCAUCAUAUAUGAAUUACACUUUACCAAAUCUUUGUUGCUGAGGCAUAUGAUACGACUUACAACAUGCCCGCUUAAGAGUUUUACAGAAUCUUCACAAAAUUUCAAAGGGAAAUCUUUUUUGAAGAUGUUUUCGCAGCUCAGAUUGUUUGGGUUUUUGAAGACCGGGGAAACGAAUCCUUCCUGGAAGUUCCUCUUUUUGUUUUUCAUAUUUAUGCUUCUACGUUUUGGGUCUUGAUUUUUGUCUUUACAGAUGAUUUAGGCUUUUUAUGAGAUGGGGUUCUGAAGAAAAUUCAUUAUGGAAGAUGGUGCCUUUACACCUAAUUGCGUGUCGGUAACACUUUCAGAGAACAAUAUGGAUUUUGAUCUUAUGGAUGACCUCUUGUAUGAUGGAUGCUGGUUAGAGACUCCUAAUAAUGAAUCUAAUUUUUGGCAGCCUUGUCCAUCUACUUCCAGUACUUCAAAUUUCCCUGAUUAUUGCUUUCCUACUUCAGAGAAUAACAUGGAUGAUUUGAAUACAAACCCGCAUCAGAAAAGCAAUCAACAACAAAACUUCGGUGACAACCCCCCACCUGUUGUUUAUUCCAAAAUUGUGUAUUCCCAAAUAAAAGAGCCCGCUGGAAGUCAAAUGCAAAGCCGGGAAGCAAUCCAAACUGCAGCAUCUUCAGGCCAAUCUGAAAGUUUUCAGGUAGAAAGCACUGAAAUGAGCAGAAGAUUAUGGAUUGCACCAAGUAGAAAUCUAAGUUCUACUUCCUCUGUUAAAAAGAGAUUGAGGCAGGCAGUUGAAUACCUAAAAGAAUCGGCAAGGGAUAGAGAUGCCCUUAUUCAAAUAUGGGUGCCUACAAUUAGAGGAGGUAGACGUGUCCUUUCCACCUACAAUCAGCCAUUCUCCCUCAAUCCCAACUGCAAAAACCUUGCAGAUUACAGAGAGGUUUCCACAAGCUAUAGCUUUGCAGCUGAGGAGAAUUCUGAGGAGUUGGUUGGAUUGCCUGGCCGGGUUUUCUUGAAGAAGUUGCCUGAGUGGACUCCUGAUGUUCGCUUCUUCAAAAGGGAGGAGUACCCGCGUGUUAAUUAUGCUCGGCAGUACAAUGUUCGUGGGUCUCUUGCACUUCCUGUUUUUGAACGAGGCAGUGGGACAUGCCUGGGUGUUGUUGAGAUUGUGACAACUACCCAGAAAGCCAAUUAUCACCCCGAACUUGAAAACAUCUGCAAAGCUCUUGAGGCUGUUGAUCUAAGGAGUUCUGAAACUUGCUGUGCUCCCAAAAUAAAGGCUUGGAAUGACUCUUACCAAAAUGUAUUAACAGAGAUACAAAUGGUUUUAAAAUCUGUCUGUGACAUGCACGGGUUGCCGUUAGCUCAGACUUGGGCCCCAUGUAUUCAACAUGGUAAGGGUAGGUGCCGGCACUCAGAUGAGAACUAUGCUGCUUGUGUAUCCACCAUUGAUUCUGCUUGCUAUGUUCCCAAUCCACAAGUUUUGGGCUUUCAUGAAGCAUGCUCCGAGCAUCACCUACUCAGAGGGGAAGGCGUUGCUGGGAGAGCAUUCAUGACAAACCAACCUUGUUUUGCUGCUGACGUUACAGUCUUUAGCAAGGCUGAAUAUCCUCUUUCUCACUAUGCUAGGAUGUUUGGAUUGCAUGGCACUGUGGCAAUACGUCUUCGGAGCAUCUAUACUGAAUCAGCUGAUUUUGUCUUGGAGUUUUUCUUGCCAUUAAAUUGCCAAGACUCUGACGAACAAAAGGGAAUGCUGAAUUCAUUAUCCUCUGUGUUGCAACAUGUUUGUCAGAGUUUACGUGUCGUCACAGGCCAGGAGCUAGAGGAAGAAACGAUAUUGCCAGUUAGUGAAAUGGUAGCCCCUUCAAGUGGGAUACUUAAUAAAGAAUUAUCCCCAAAACAUGCAUCCUCUUCCUCGAAUGCUCUCUCUCAAGAAAAGUCUUCCUGGAUUGCCCAUAUGAUGGAGGGCCAACAGAAUGGUAGUGGCGUUGCUGUCUCCUUGGGGUAUCAAAAUGAGGAGCCAAAAGAUGAGUUCAAGGUGACAACUCAUUGGGAUAAUAACGAGGUGGACCUACAUCAUGCAUCGAUUCCAAGCCCCAAGAAACUCCAGCAAGAUUCUGAACUCAAAGGAAUUGAGGGUACUGGAGAUCUUUCUUCUUUUGGCAGGUAUUGCCCAGCAGGUGCCAGAAAAGCAGGUGAGAAGAGACGGGCAAAGACGGAAAAGACUAUCAGCUUGCAAGUGCUUAGGCAAUACUUUGCUGGGAGCCUAAAAGAUGCUGCUAAGAGUAUUGGGGUGUGUCCCACUACUUUGAAAAGGAUAUGCAGGCAACAUGGCAUCACCAGAUGGCCUUCUAGAAAGCUCAAGAAGGUAAGCCACUCAUUAAAGAAACUCCAACUUGUUAUAGAAUCUGUCGAAGGCAGUGAGGGCGCUAUUCAACUUGCCUCCUUCUAUAACAACUUCCCAGAAUUAAGAUCUCCAACCGUAACUGGUACCACUUCCUUCUCCACUUCAAAGAUAAAUGAUGAUUUGAAGGAGUUAAAGACUGAACCUGAAGGCAGCCUAUUGAACCCUGACUCCACUUCUUCAAAAUCACCUUCCUCUUCUUGCAAUCAUAGCUCCAGUUCAAGUUUAUGUUUUUCCACUGGAGCAAAGCAGCCACUUGUCACUGCCAGCGCCUUCGGUAGUGGAGAUGCUUUGUUUGCAGAAGAGCCAACUGGGUUGCUCAAGAGAACAUGCAGCGAAGCAUACUUGCAUGAUUCCUGUCAAGAGGAAAUGAAAGUUCUUGCAAGAUCCCAGAGCCAUAAACUUUUUGGUGAGCAUCCUAGUCUUGAGGCUCUACUUCCCUCACUGAAAACAAGCAGCCAGGUUGUACGAGAUGCAGGGAUACUUAGAAUUAAGGCCACUUUUGGGGAAGAAAAGAUCCGUUUCAGCAUGCCACAAAAUUGGGGUUUUGGAGAUUUACAACAAGAGAUUGCAAGGCGUUUCAGUAUAGAGGAUGUCAGUAGAAUUGAUCUCAAGUAUUUGGAUGAUGACUCGGAGUGGGUUCUUUUGACAUGUGAUGCUGAUCUUGAGGAAUGUAUAGACAUAUACAGAUCGUCUAAUAUCCGCACAAUUAAGCUUUCCCUCCACCUAGCUUCCCAUCCGAAUUAUGGGAGUUCGUUUGGUAGCAACGACCCAUCCUAAUGCCAUGGCCCAUUUUAGUAGCUUGUGAUGGGUGACUAAGUCACACAAUUAUUCUAAACUGAUGCCACUCUCGUGUUCUCCCCAUGCUCUCGCUCUUGUUUUCACUCCGGUGACUUAGAUUUUGCCAUCUUUGCUCUCACUCACCCACCCACCCAAGUGGGUGGGUGGGUGAAAAAAAUAAAUGGCUAGUCUCUCUUUGAAGUUGUUUUGUUUUUUUACAAAGGUAACAGCUUGUCAAAUGGUGGGAGGUUCUACACGGCAGGAAUCUGUUCAUGAUAACAAUGCCAACGUUGCAUCUUGAUUUCACGGAUUCUGGAAUAAUGAUGUAAAAAUUCGCGAAUGUCGGAACUGUGAAGAAGAUUCACCACUUUAUCUAGAGUCAUGUAAUUACAUCACUAGCAAGUGAUGUAUCCUUGAGACUGAACUUGUACAUUCAGUUACAGAGUGGUGAUUUUAACAAUUUUUGGAGCUCUCCA